AUGAAUUACAGUAAAAAUCAUGGGUGGACUGCAUUACAUCAAGCUGUAGAGAAUGGUCAUUUUGAUGUCGUCAAAGAAUUGAUCAGUCAAGGUGUUAAGGUGAAUUACAGCACAAAUGACGGUUUGACUGCAUUACAUCUAGUUUCACAUGGUGGCCACCGUGAUGUCGUCAAAGAAUUGAUCCGUCAAGGCGCUGUGAUGAAUAUCAGCUCAAAUGACUGUUUCACUGCAUUAUUUCUAGCUGCAUAUGGUGGCCAUCUUGAUAUCGUCAAAGAACUGAUAAGUCAAGGUGACCAGGUGAAUAACAGCACAGAUGAUGGUGUGACGGCAUUACAUAUAGCUUCACAGAAUGGUCAUCUUGAUGUCGUCAAAGAAUUGAUCAGUAAAGGUGCUGUCGUGAAUAAAGUUGAAAAUGACGAUUGGAGUACAUUACAUCUGGCUUCACAGAAUGGUCAUAUUGAUGUCGUCAAAGAGUUGAUCAGUCAAGGUGCUGUGAAUGGUCAUCUUAAUGUCGUCAGAGAACUGAUCAGUCAAGGUGCUGAGGUGAAUAACACCACAGAUGACGGUGCGACAGUAUUACAUCUAGCUUCGCAGAAUGGUCGUCUUGAUGUCGUCAAAGAACUGAUCAGUCAAUGUGCUUUGGUGAAUAACAGCACAUAUGACGGUGUGACUGCAUUACAUCUAGCUACACAUUGUGGCCAUCUUGGUGUCGUCAAAGAGUUGAUCAGUGAAGGUGCUGUGGUCAAUAACAGUACAAAUGACGGUUGGACUGCAUUAUAUCUGGCUUCACAGAAUGGUCGUCUUGAUGUCGUCAAAGAAUUGAUCAGUCAAGGUGCUGUGGUGAAUAACAGCACAAAUAAUGGCUGGACUGCAUUACAUCUAGCUUCGCAGAAUGGUCAUCUUAAUGUCGUCAGAGAACUGAUCAGUCAAGGUGCUGAGGUGAAUAACACCACAGAUGACGGUGCGACAGUAUUACAUCUAGCUUCGCAGAAUGGUCGUCUUGAUGUCGUCAAAGAACUGAUCAGUCAAUGUGCUUUGGUGAAUAACAGCACAUAUGACGGUGUGACUGCAUUGCAUCUAGCUACACAUUGUGGCCAUCUUGGUGUCGUCAAAGAGUUGAUCAGUGAAGGUGCUGUGGUCAAUAACAGCACAAAUGACGGUUGGACUGCAUUAUAUCUGGCUUCACAGAAUGGUCGUCUUAAUGUCGUCAAAGAAUUGAUCAGUCAAGGUGCUGUGGUGAAUAACAGCACAAAUGAGGGUGUGACUGCAUUACAUCUGGCUUCACAGAAUGGUCAUCGUGGUGUCGUCAAAGAGUUGAUCAGUCGAGGUGCUGCGGUAAAUAACAGCACAAAUGACGAUGUGACUGCAUUACAUCUGGUUUCACAGAAUGGUCAUCUUAAUGUCGUCAAAGAACUGAUCAGUCAAGGUGCUGUGGUGAAAAACAGCACAAAUGAAGGUUUGACGGCAUUACAUCUGGCUUCACAGAAUGGUCAUCUUAAAGUCGUCAAAGAACUUAUCAGUGAAGGUGCUGUGAUAAAUAAAGUUGAAAAUGACGGUUGGACUGCAUUACAUCUGGCUUCACAGAAUCAUCAUCUUGAUGUCGUCAAAGAGUUGAUUAGUCAAGAUGCUAUGGUGAAUACCAGCACAAAUAAUGGCUGGACUGCAUUACAUCUAGCUUCGCAGAAUGGUCAUCUAAAGGUCGUCAGAAAACUGAUCAGUCAAGGUGCUGAGGUGAAUAACACCACAGAUGACGGUGCAACGGUAUUACAUCUAGCUUCGAAGAAUGGUCGUCUUGAUGUCGUCAAAGAACUGAUCAGUCAAGGUGCUGAGGUGAAUAACAGCACAGAUGACGGUGUGACUGCAUUACAUCUAGCUUCACAUAAUGAUCAUCUUGAUGUCGUCAAAGAACUGAUCAGUCAAUGUGCUUGGGUGAAUAACAGCACAGAUGACGGUGUGACUGCAUUACAUCUAGCUUCACAUUGUGGCCAUCGUGGUGUCGUCAAAGAGUUGAUCAGUGAAGGUGCUGUGUUCAAUAACAGCACAAAUGACGGUUUGACUGCAUUACAUCUAGCUUCGCAGAAUGGUCAUCUUGAUGUCGUCAAAGAUUUGAUCAGUCAAGGUGCUGCGGUGAAUAACAGCACAAAUGACGGUUGGUCUGCAUUACAUCUAGCUUCGCUGAAUGGUCAUCUUCAUGUCGUCAAAGAUUUGAUCAGUCGAGGUGCUGCGGUGAAUAGCAGCACAAAUGAAGGUUUGACUGCAUUACAUCUGGCUUUACAAAAUGGUCAUCUUGAUGUCGUCAAAGAACUGAUCAGUCAAGGUGCUGUGGUGAAUAUGAGCACAGAUGACGGUGUGACUGCAUUACAUCUAGCUUCAUGUUGUGGUAAUCUUGAUGUCGUCAUAGAACUAAUCAGUCAAGGUGCUGUGUUGAUCAGUCAAGGUGCUGUGGUGAAUAACAGCACAAAUGACAGUUUGGCUGCAUUACAUCUAGCUUCGCAGAAUGGUCAUCUUGAUGUCGUCAAAGAAUUGAUCAGUCAAGGUGCUAACGUGAAUAGCAGCACAAAUGACGGUUCGACUGCAUUACAUCUGGCUUCACAUGGUGGCCAUCUUAAUGUCGUCAAAGAAUUGAUCAGUCAAGGAGCUGUGGUGAAUAACAGCUCAAAUGAUGGUUGGACUGCAUUAUAUCGAGCGUCACAUUGUGGCCAUCUUAAUGUCGUCAAAGAGUUGACCAGUCAAGGUGCUAACGUGAAUAUCAGCACAGAUGACGGUGUGACGGUAUUACAUCUGGCUUCACAGAAUGGUCAUCUUGAUGUCGUCAAAGAAUUGAUCAGUAAAGGUGCUGUGGUGAAUAACAGCACAAAUAAUGGCUGGACUGCAUUAUAUCGAGCUUCACAUGGUGGUCAUCUAGAUGUUGUCAAAGAACUGAUCAGUCAAGGAGCUGAGGUAAAUAAGAGCAUAAAUGAUGGCCGGACCCCUUUACAUUCGGCAGCACAGAAUGGUCAUCUUCAUGUGAUCGAAUAUCUCCUCAGUCAAGGAGGCGUGGUAAAUAACAGCUCAAAUGAUGGUUGGACUGCAUUAUAUCGAGCGUCACAUUGUGGCCAUCUUAAUGUCGUCAAAGAGUUGACCAGUCAAGGUGCUAACGUGAAUUUCAACACAGAUGACGGUGUGACGGUAUUACAUCUGGCUUCACAGAAUGGUCAUCUUGAUGUCGUCAAAGAAUUGAUCAGUAAAGGUGCUGUGGUGAAUAACAGCACAAGUAAUGGCUGGACUGCAUUAUAUCGAGCUUCACAUGGUGGUCAUCUAGAUGUUGUCAAAGAGUUGAUCAGUCAAGGUGCUGUGGUGAAUAACAGCACAAAUAACGGUGUGACUGCAUUACAUCUGGCUUCACAUGGUGGCCAUCUAAAUGUCGUCAAAGAAUUGAUCAGUCAAGGAGCUGUGGUGAAUAACAGCUCAAAUGAUGGUUGGACUGCAUUAUAUCGAGCGUCACAUUGUGGCCAUCUUAAUGUCGUCAAAGAGUUGACCAGUCAAGGUGCUAACGUGAAUAUCAGCACAGAUGACGGUGUGACGGUAUUACAUCUGGCUUCACAGAAUGGUCAUCUAGAUGUUGUCAAGGAGUUUAUCAGUCAAGGUGCUGUGGUGAAUAACAGCACAAAUGACAGUUUGGCUGCAUUACAUCUAGCUUCACAGAAUGGUCAUCUUUACGUUUUCAAAGAGUUGAUCAGUCAAGGUGCUAACGUGAAUAGCAGCAUGAAUGACGGUUUGACUGCAUUACAUCUGGCUUCGAAGAAUGGUCAUCUGGAUGUCGUCAAAGUGUUGAUAAGUCAAGGUGCUGAGGUGAAUAACAGCACAAAUGACGGUUGGAGUGCAUUAUAUCGAGCGUCACAUUGUGGUCAUCUUUAUGUUGUCAAAGAGUUGAUCAGUCAAGGCGCUAACGUGAAUAGCAGCACAAAUGACGGUUUGACGGUAUUACAUCUGGCUUCACAGAAUGGUCAUCUAGAUGUUGUCAAGGAGUUGAUCAGUCAAGGUGCUGUGGUGAAUAACAGCACAAAUGACAGUUUGGCUGCAUUACAUCUAGCUUCGCAGAAUGGUCAUCUUGAUGUCGUCAAAGAAUUGAUCAGUCAAGGUGCUAACGUGAAUAGCAGCACAAAUGACGGUUCGACUGCAUUACAUCUGGCUUCACAUGGUGGCCAUCUAAAUGUCGUCAAAGAAUUGAUCAGUCAAGGAGCUGUGGUGAAUAACAGCUCAAAUGAUGGUUGGACUGCAUUAUAUCGAGCGUCACAUUGUGGCCAUCUUAAUGUCGUCAAAGAGUUGACCAGUCAAGGUGCUAACGUAAAUAUCAGCACAGAUGACGGUGUGACGGUAUUACAUCUGGCUUCACAGAAUGGUCAUCUAGAUGUUGUCAAGGAGUUGAUCAGUCAAGGUGCUGUGGUGAAUAACAGCACAAAUGACAGUUUGGCUGCAUUACAUCUAGCUUCGCAGAAUGGUCAUCUUGAUGUCGUCAAAGAAUUGAUCAGUCAAGGUGCUAACGUGAAUAGCAGCACAAAUGACGGUUCGACUGCAUUACAUCUGGCUUCACAUGGUGGCCAUCUUAAUGUCGUCAAAGAAUUGAUCAGUCAAGGAGCUGUGGUGAAUAACAGCUCAAAUGAUGGUUGGACUGCAUUAUAUCGAGCUUCACAUGGUGAUCAUCUAGAUGUUGUCAAAGAGUUGACCAGUCAAGGUGCUAACGUGAAUAGCAGCACAAAUGACGGUGUGACUGCAUUGCAUCUAGCUUCACAGAAUGGUCAUCUUGAUGUCGUCAAAGAAUUGAUUAGUAAAGGUGCUGUGGUGAAUAACAGCACAAAUAAUGGUCGGACUGCAAUAUAUCUAUCUUCGCAGAAUGGUCAUUUUGAUGUUGUCAAAGAACUGAUCAGUCAAGGAGCUGAGGUGAAUAAGAGCAUAAAUGAUGGCCGGACCCCUUUACAUUCGGCAGCACAGAAUGGUCAUCUUCAUGUGAUCGAAUUUCUCCUCAGUCAAGGAGCCGAGGUAAAUAAGGGCAAUCUGGAUGGCUGUACCCCUUUACAUUCGGCAGCACAGAAUGGUCAUCUUCAUGUCACCGAAUAUCUGAUCAGUCAUGGAGCUGAUGUUGAUAAGGCUAAUAAAAAGGGAUGGUCAGCAUUAUACCUUGCCGCAGCUGCUGGUCAUGUUCAUGUUUCAAGUGCCUUGCUUACUCAGCAAGCUGAGCUGGCCAAAUCAAAUAUAAUUCAUUGGACGGAGUUGCAUUCCGCUGCAGAGAGAGGCGAUCUUGAUGCCAUGAAAGAUCAGGUCAGUCAAGGAGCCGAGCUGGAGAAAGCUGGUUCUUUUGGAAGCAGAACAGUUGGUCGCACAUCAUUACAAUAUGCUACAGAAGGUGGCUGUCUUGCAGUUGUUCGGUAUCUGAUCAGUCAAGGAGCUGAUGUGAACGAAAGCAACAAUGUUGGCUGGACUGCUCUUCACUUUGCUGCGCAAAUGGGUCAUCUUGAUGUUGUAGAUUAUCUACUUGGACAAGGAGCUGAAGUAGCAAAAGGGGAUGCUGAUGGUAUCUCUCCUUUACAUGUUGCUGCAUUCAUUGGCCGUGGCGACGUUACCGAGCAUUUGCUUAGGCGAGAAGCAGAUGUCAACGGAGCCACCAAGGAGAAAGCCUUGCACAUUGCUGCUCAGAAUGGCCACAUCGAUGUCAUGAAGUAUCUACUUCACCAACUUGCAGAUGUUAGCAAGGUUACCAAGAAGGGAUCAUCUGCAUUGCAUUUGUCUGCUGCAAAUGGACAUACCGAUGUCACAAGAUAUCUAUUGGAGCACGGAGCUGAAGUAAAUCUGAUUAAACCCGAUCAGACUACGUUGCAACUCGCUGCAGAACAAGACCAAGUGCAUGGGACGAGUACAGAUACGUGGUGUGCUGAAGGGCAGAAACACCCUUCUUCUUCAAAUGGCCGUGCAGAUACUGAGGGUUUAACUGGAGAUGAGAAGAAGGUUGUUUGGCAACAUCCCCAGAAAGGCUGCACAGCAGUUCAUUUAGCCACGCAAAAUGGCUACACCUCCAUCAUCGAGACAUUAGUUUCUCAUGGCGCCGAUCUCAACAUCCAGUCCAUAGACGGACAGACCUGUCUUCACGAAGCCAUCAGUCUUUCAGGUCGGGAGGACAGCAAAGUUGAAGCAACGUCAGCACUCCAAAAGAUCUCAGAAGAGUUCUAUCAGAAUGAAUUGUCUCCCAGGAAGGCCCUGGUCUUCUAUCUCUUGGAUCAUGGAGCAAAGCCGGACAUCAAGGAUAACCAAGGCAACCUACCAGUCCACUAUGCCAAGGAUGAAGUCAUUCGCCAGAUGAUAUUCUCAAGGUCUCCUGCCAUGGACAUCAUCAGAGCUCAUCGAGACAAAUACCAUUGUGAAGGGAUCUUUGACCAUACUGGAGGAGAGCUACAGAUCCCGCCAUUCGGGUUCACUCUUUCCAUCCCUCCCGGUGCGCUGCAAGAGGGUUCUAGUGAAACGAUCACUUUAGAUGUUCUCAAAAACAUUCCAUCUGCAAUCACUCUGAGACCCGAUGAGACGGUUCUUACCUAUGGCUUCCAGUGUCUUCCUUCAGGAUUACAAUUUGUAUCAGAGAAACCUGUCAGAUUGAAGAUUCCUCAUUGUGCUAACCUCAUUGAUCCGACAAAAGUGCAGGUCGUAUUGUACUUCUGGAAUCACGGUAAGGCAAUGUGA